UGAAAGUAAGGAUAUAUAUACUAUUAGUAUUUUAUUAUAACUUGAUACAUGCACCUGCACCAGCACCAGCACCAUUUACUAGUAGUAUUCCUCUUUCUGUAUCUCUGUUAUAUUCUCUCUCUUUUUUCCAACUCAAAAUCAUUACUUACUUCAUUCUGUCACAACAAGCAAUCACUUUUACACUAGUUUUUGGGUCAUCAGUCAGCAGAGUGCAACUUUCUUCCACAAUACAUAUUUGGGGUGUGAGAGUUUGGGCCAAGAUCAUGCAGAGUUGACCUGUUGACUUUAGUUUUCAACUUUUUCAGAUUCUUGAAAGUUUUGUGCUUUCUCUUGAGGGAUGAAUUCUUGCUAGUUUAUUUACCAAGGCAGUAAUUAAGUUUGAACAAUGGAGAGCGGCCACGAGAGUUUUGCUACAUCUUCUAAUGUAUCAAAUGAGUGCAAUAGUCCCCAGGAACCAGGACCAAAUGUUGAUCAUUUGAGUAAUUUAUGUGGUAGUCUUGAGAAACUCCUGCUUAAUCCUGAAUAUGACUAUAGUGAUGCAGAAAUUGUCGUUGAGGGGAUUAAUGUUAGCGUUAAUCGCUGUAUAUUGGCUGCACGAAGUCAGUUUUUCCAUGAAAAGUUUAAGGAGAAGAAUGAGAAUUUCUUGAAAAAUGAAAAGCCUAAAUAUUUGCUGAAGGAUUUGGUGUGUGUUGCCUCAAUUGGCUAUGAAGUAUUCAUGGUCCUCCUGAAUUAUUUAUAUACAGGAAAGAUUAAGUCGUCUCCUUCAGAAGUUUCGAGUUGUGUUGAUAAUGCUUGUGCUCAUGAUGCUUGCCGCCCUGCCAUUAAUUAUGCAGUGGAACUCAUGUAUGCUUCGUCCACUUUUCAGAUAAAAGAACUCGUUAUGGUCGUAGAGCGCUAUCUUGACAACUUUGUUGAUAAGGCUACUCCUGAGGAUGUAAUUCCUAUACUUUUAGUUGCCUUUCACCGCAAAUCUAAUCAACUUCUUGAACACUGCAUCCAGAGAGUGGCACGAUCUGAUCUAGACAAUGCUACUCUUGAGAAAGAACUCCCUCAUGAAGUUUUGACUGACAUAAAAUCAAGGCGCCUCAAGUCUCGACAAGGGACUGAACAGGAGUCAUUAGAAGAAGACUCCUUGAGUGAAAAGAGAAUUAGGAGGAUUCUGAAGGCUCUGGAGUCUGAUGACAUUGAACUGCUAACACUACUCCUGGAAGAGUCAAACGUCACUUUAAAUGAUGCUUGUGCUCUUCAUUAUGCAGCUGCCUAUUGCAACUCCAAGGUUGUGAACGAGGUACUUGAGCUGGGUUUAGGCGCUGAUGUCAAUCUUCAGAACUCCCGAGGAUAUAAUGUCCUUCAUGUUGCAGCUAGACGAAAGGAGCCAUCAAUAAUAAUGGGACUACUUGCAAAAGGAGCAUCCGUCUUGGAUACUACACGUGAUGGACAUACAGCCCUAUCCAUAUGCCGUAGAUUGACUCGGUUAAAGGAUUACAAUGAUCCACCAAAGCAAGGAAAGGUUACUAAUAAAGACCGGUUAUGCAUUGAUGUUUUGGAGAGAGAGAUGAUUAGGAAUCCUAUGAUUGGGAGCAUGUGUUCUUCAUCAUUGGUGUUGGCUGAUGAAUUACUCAUGAGGUUGCUUUUAUUUGAAAAUAGAGUGGCAUUGGCACGGAUGUUAUUUCCUCAGGAAGCCAUGCUAGCUAUGGAAAUAGCACAUGCUGAUUCAACCGCAGAGUUUACUGGCCUUUCAGCAACAAAUGGCUUAUGCAAAAAUCCGAGAGGGGUUGACUUGAACGAAUUACCAUCUGAGCAAGUGAAAAGACUCCAAGAUCGGCUGGGCGCACUACUGAAAACAGUGGACACAGGUCGACGUUUUUUCCCAAACUGCUCGGAAGUAUUAGAUAGAUUACUGGAGGAUGACAAACUAGAUUCCUUGAUGUUAGAAAGUGGCACCCCUGAGGAACAAAGAUCAAAGAAAAUGCGAUAUACAGAACUCAAGGAUGAAGUUAUGGAGGCAUUCAAGAAAGACAAAGCUGAAAAGAACUGGGCGGGUUUCUCUACGUCUUCCUCCUCUUCAUGUUCUCCAAAGACCAAUGUCAGUCACAAGAAUAGAAAAAAGUAGAUCCUCUCCUUAGCUAAGAAUUCUAACGAUGGCUGAAGCCUCUAUCUUGAAGUGCCGCGUGACUUUUGAACCUUUUCAUGAGCUUAACAUGUUUGAGCUCCAUAUAUAUUAUAGUACUCAACUUUCUUUUGGACAAGUAUCAUUGAGAGUGGAAUGGUUGUGGGGUUACUAUAAUAGGAGAAAGAGGAAUAAAAGUAGGUAUAGAAAUGGUUUUUCUUGUGUAAUAUUACUACUUCUUUUGAAUUGAUGAUUGUUAAAUUUAUGCUGAUAUAUGCAGAAAACAUGUAGUCUCCACAAA